GGAAGUCAAUUAUAUUGUCGACAACGGAGUUUGUUUGUGGGAACAACCAACCUAAGGCAAGGCAAUAUAAUGAAUUAAUGAUAUCAAUUUCGUGGAAGAUGCAGUAAUAUUUCCCCUUUUCAAUACCUAUUGACUUCAGCUUGUGUGUUCAUCAAGAAUAACAAUAAUAAUAUUAGUAUUUGGCAUUUGAUUUGAAUCGAUUAAGAUCUAAGAAGAAGAAUAAGGAUGGUGCUGCCACUGCUGAAGCUGGGAACGCUGGCCGUGAAAACCCUAAGCAAACCCGUGGCGAGCAGACUGAAGCAGCAGGCCGCUCUUCACCCCAGAUUCCGCGAACUCAUCGUUAGAAUGGCUCAGUCUAAUCAUCAAAUCACGACUAAGAUGCAAAGGCGCAUUUACGGCCACGCCACAGACGUUGAGAUUCGCCCCUUGAACGAGGAAAAGGCCGUUCAAGCCGCCGUUGACCUUAUCGGAGAACUCUUCGUCUUCUCGGUUGCAGGAGUUCUCUUGAUCUUUGAGGUACAAAGAAGUGCUAGAUCUGAGGCAAGAAAGGAGGAGCAACGAAAGCAAGAGCUGCAGGACGUGAAGCAAAAAAAUGAAAACUUGGCAGAAGAAGUAGAACUUCUUAAGCAUAGAAUUCAAGAACUGGAACAGAUGGCGAGGGGACGAGGAUUGAUUGGCAUACUAAACUUCAGAAAUGGUAAUACAGAAAUUGGAAAGGCAGAGAAAACUGCUUGAGCUGAUGAAGAGUAGUAUAAUUAUUUAUCAUAUUUUUUAACAUUCAUCUUUGGGAUGAAUGUAAUUCAGGCUUCAUUUCUGAUUUAUGAGGGUCUCUUCAAGAAGAGCCUAUUUUUUACACAUUCAGGCUUCAUUUCUGAUUUAUGAGGGUCUCUUCAAGAAGAGCCUAUUUUUUACACAUUCAUUGGCUUUUAGUUUCAGAUUUCACAUUCUCUUGUAUUAAGGAUAACUCUCAGAUUGAAAUUGUGUUGCCCAAUAUAAUUUGCAGAGAUUGUACAAUGUAAUUCUUAGCGUUUAAGAGGUGACGCUAUCAGCUGAGUAGAAAUGUGUCAUCUCACCCUUUGCCUUCUCAAGUC